AUGGCACGCACUCUCGAUAACUUGCUCCAGGAAGCCACUGUGCGCGAUACAAGCACACCUGUCAUUCCAGGCGUAUUACUGCAAGCAAUCGACGGAUCUGGAACAGACAUCUACAAAGCAGCUUCCGGUUAUCGUGGACCGGGGCUGAAUGAUGCACCCAUAGAGUUCAAUAACACUUUACGCAUCGCUUCCUGCACCAAACUCAUCACUGCAGUCGCAGCGCUUCAGUGUGUUGAUCGCGGCCUCAUUGGCCUUGAUGAUCCCGUCGAUGAUGUUUUACCGGAACUAGUCCAACUCCCCCUCGUUUCUGUAGACGAAACAACAGGACAGUUGAAAUACCAACCGCGGAGAAAUGAAAUAACGCUACGCCGACUGCUCACACACACGAGCGGUGUUGGUUACGAUAUGAUCGACCCAACCUUGAAAAGGUGGCGCACUGAGCGCGGAGAAAAGCCAAUGACGCUCUCAACCAAAGUUCUCGAAGCAUUUAGCACACCCCUGAUUUUUGAACCGGGGCAGGGAUGGGCUUAUGGUGGAGGUUUCGAUUGGGCGGGAGUGCUUGUCGAGCGCCUAAAUGGGGGUGUUGACCUUGAAAAGGUCAUGGAAAAGAAUAUAUUCAUCCCUCUGGCAAUGGACUCAACCGUCUUUCGGUUGAAGCGGAAGCCCCAUGUCCGGAAGCAGCUGAUACAGAUGGCCUCUCGAAGGCCGGAUGGUAGCUUUACAACCGCGAAGCGACUCAUGGCUAAUCCCGCUGUGGACUGCGCUGGCGGUUAUGGGCUCUACUCAUCUAUUACGGAUUUUAUGGUAAUUUUGAAGGACGUAUUGCAACCACAACCAAAGUUAUUAUCAAACCGAAUAACCGAAGAGUUGUUCAGGCCGCAGCUUGACCUGGCGAGUAUGGCAUACAAGGCUCUCAAAGACCAAGCACCAACUUUCCAAGCGAUGAUUGGAGGUGUGGCGCUUGAUGCGGUAGACUUGAAUGUCAGUUUGGGCGGACUGCUGAUGAUGGACCACAUUCCAGAAGUUGGAGUUGAUUCGGGAACGAUUACAUGGGCUGGCGCUGGUGGUUUAGUAUGGUUUAUAAACCGUAGAAGGCAAGUGGCAGGGAUGUAUGCAACUCAGUUAAUGGCAGCUGGUGACCAGAAGAGCGAAGCGUUACUCAAGGCGUUUAUUAAGGAGGUAUGGAAACGAAAAAGAGCUGCUGAAGAACAACAGUAA